AUGCAAGACACCGGAGAGCGGAAAAACUGGAGCCAAGACGGUUGCACCCUAGUGAGCACGUCGGUGAGCGAAACCGUUUGUAGCUGUAAUCACUUGACAAGUUUUGCCAUUCUGAUGGACGUCUCCGGGAAUGUCGGCCGCUUGUCGGGCGGGCUAGCAAAUGCACUUGACGUGGUCUCUUCAAUUGGAUGCGCUUUCUCGAUUGUUUGCCUCGUUCUCUCACUCUUAGUCUUCACUUGUUUCAGAUCCUUGUACAGCCUUCGGAACACGAUCCAUCGAAAUUUGUGCUUAUGUCUCCUUAUCGGAGAGCUUGUAUUCGUCAUCGGCAUUGAUCGAACCGGGAACAAAACUGGCUGCUCGAUUGUCGCCUUGAUCCUCCACUAUUUCUUCAUGGCCGCUUUCUUUUGGAUGCUCAUUGAGGGAUAUCAGCUUUAUAUGAUGCUUAUUCAGGUUUUUGAACCAUCAAGUCGUCGCGUGAUUCUCUUGGUUUGUUUGGCAUACGGCACUCCGGCGAUCAUCGUAGCCAUCUCGGCGGGAAUUCGAUGGAAAGAUUAUGGAACUGAAUCAUAUUGCUGGCUCAACACUUCCUCGCCAACGAUUUGGGCCUUCGUCGCUCCGGUGAUCGUCGUGAUCACGGCGAACAUUGGCUUCCUGCUGAUCGCUCUGAAAGUUGUCCUCUCCGUGAACGCCACCGAUCGCUCGCGGUCGGAUCGAGUCCGGGGAUGGCUCAAAGGCUCGGCAACGUUGCUCUGUCUCCUGGGAAUCACUUGGCUUUUCGGAUUUUUGACGGCCGUGAAAGGAUCAGGCUCGACAAUGGUCUUUGCAUGGAUUUUCACGGUUUUAAACUGUACUCAAGGAAUUUUCAUCUUUAUCCUGCAUGUGGUGAUGAAUGAUAAAGUUAGAGGAGUGGUUGUCAGAUGGCUUCGUUCUGGUGGUGGAUCGUCGGCGGCCGAGUUCAACAGCAAGUCGUAUCUGAGCAGUCGACAGAGAAUGAUGAACAUGAUCCGCGGUGGUCACUCCACUCCGGACACCGCGUCAACCGAUGACACAAAGGGGGCAAUUCAUGAGAUCCACGAGGUCACCCUGCCACCUGCAAAAGCAGCCGAAUUGCUGAGGAGACUGUCGGCGUCGACAUCGGAGGAGACAAGAGAUAAGGGAUUGGCUUACAGACCAUCGGUGAACAAAGCGCCGAAACCGAUCGCACAAGCUCGAGCCGAAGGGGACACAAGGAGCACGGAUAGCUCGGAUCCAAGAGUUUCAAUGGAGUUGGAUAUGGAUUUGGCUGAAGACAGGCCGGCGGUGAUGCGACGAAAGUUCCCGUUGGGUGCUCGUGAGAGUGAACGCGGCUCAAAAGGGCACAAUGGACGCAAAUUUCGAUCACCACCGAUUAGUCCAUCGGAAUCGAAAGACGAUCACACAACUGCCCCGAAUUCAGCAAAAUCUGACGAUUGGGAAGCGAACAAGAUCAUUGUUGAUCGCUUU